AUGGAUAUCCGGCCCAACCACACCAUCUACAUCAACAAUAUCAACGACAGAGUGAAGAAAGAAGAGUUGAAGCGCUCUCUGUACGCGCUGUUCUCGCAGUUUGGCCAGAUUGUGGAGAUCGUGGCCAUGAAGACCAUGAAGAUGAGGGGACAGGCCUUUGUGGUGUUCAAGGAGCUGGCCGCCGCCACCAAUGCCCUGCGCCAACUGCAGGGCUUCCCCUUCUACAACAAACCCAUGAGGAUACAGUAUGCCAAGACGGAUUCUGAGGUCAUUACCAAGGUCAAAGGAGCGCACGGCGACCGAGACAAGAAGAAAGAAAAGAAGAAGAAACCUCAGGAGGCCGCCGCUCUCGCCAAGAAAGCUGCUAUGGUCAGACUUUUCCUGUUCAGCUACUUCUGUUAUAAUGCCGUCAAUUCCAGUCCACCGCAUGCGCCAACUCGGCAGAUUCCUGACAACCCGCCAAAUUACAUACUGUUCCUGAGCAAUCUACCUGAGGAAACUAACGAGAUGAUGCUGUCAAUGCUCUUCAACCAGUUCCCGGGCUUCAAGGAGGUACGUCUGGUUCCCGGGAAGCACGACAUCGCCUUUGUGGAGUUUGAGGGUGAAAUGCAGGCAGGCGUGGCCAAGGAUGCCUUGCAAGGCUUCAGGAUUACCGCCACCUGUGCCAUGAAGAUUAGCUUUGCCAAGAAAUAG